UUCCAGCAGAAAAAGACCAAACUAUGUUUCCACCUCUUUAUUCCACAAAUCCAAGAGACUGUGACUCUGUGUCUCCAUUUUCCUUCUUUGUUUUUGUACAGCGCUCCCUGUUCUGUCCAUCUCUCCCUAUAUAUAUAUAUAUAUAUACUGCAUACAUCACCCUUCUCCACGACCGGCUCAGCUAAUUAAACGUCCAAUUAAGUUUAUAUAAGAAUGGCGCCCCAAAACUCGCCGAGUCUAGGUAUUUUAAUCUUAGUGGCAUUCGUCAUAUUAGUGGAACCAUAUCGAGCAUUUGGCUCUAGCAGGGGAAAUCCUUUCGGCUUGAUCACCGAUGAUAAUAGCGCUGGCUUGUGCGCCUCUGCCGUCAUUGUUCAUGGUUAUAAGUGCCAGGAAUUUGAGGUAACAACUGAUGACGGCUACAUACUUAGCGUGCAAAGGAUUCCCGAAGGGCGUGGAGGUGGUGGUGGUGGUGGGGCGAACCGGCCGCCAGUGUUGUUGCAGCACGGAGUUCUUGUGGAUGGAGUAACAUGGCUGCAGAAUUCACCAGAACAAUCACCGGCGAUGAUCUUGGCAGAUAAUGGCUUCGAUGUUUGGAUUUCCAACAUCAGGGGAACCAGAUACAGCUGUCGCCAUGUAACUCUUGAUCCUAACAGCCCGGACUACUGGAAUUGGACAUGGGAUGAUCUUGUCGUCCAUGAUUUACCUACCGUCAUUGAUCUUGUUGUCCAACAAACUGGGCAGAAGAUUCACUAUAUUGGCCAUUCAAUGGGAACUUUGAUAGCUUUGGCAUCCUUCUCAGAAGGAAGAAACCUAGAAAAGGUAAAAUCAGCAGCCUUGCUCAGCCCAGUUGCUUAUUUGAGCCAUAUGACCACUGCCCUCGGUGUAGUUGCUGCUAGAGCCUUUGUUAGCGAGAUCACUACAAUAUUUGGUCUUGCAGAAUUUAAUCCAAGGGGUGAGCCUGUAUCCAAUUUUCUUAAGGCCUUAUGUGCUCAAGCUGGGGUGGACUGUUAUGACUUGAUAACUGCACUUACUGGGAAGAAUUGCUGUGUAAAUGCCACCACAGUCGAGCAUUUCUUGAAGAACGAGCCCCAGUCUACAUCAACUAAGAACCUUGUGCAUUUGUCUCAGACUGUUAGAGAUGGUGUCUUGUCGAAAUAUGACUAUGGGAGCAACGACUUCAAUCAGGCGCACUACGGUGAAACCAAACCUCCCAAGUAUAAUUUGACCAACAUCCCUCAUGAUCUACCCCUCUUUCUCAGCUAUGGAGGCCAAGAUGCACUGUCCGAUGUUCAGGAUGUUGAGACAUUACUUGAUUAUCUUAAGUUCCACGACGUAGACAAGCUGCAUGUUCAGUAUAUCAAGGAUUUCGCUCAUGCAGACUUCAUCAUUGGGAUCACUGCUAAGGAUAUCGUCUAUAACCAGAUUAUUGCCUUUUUCAGAAAUCAAGGAUAAACAGCCCUGCAUCAAAGUGCAUCUGAUUGUAUUAAAAGAAUCACGAAAGUGGGAAGAUAACUCAAGGAAUGCUGAUAGUGUUUUUUCAUCUCUUUUAAAAUCUCUGAGAUUUUUGUGUUUGUAAAUGAUACAAAGUUUAAUUUCCACACGCAACCCCCUAUUUCUGGAAGAAUAUAUAUACAAGAAUGAUCAUAAUAAAUGUAACUGUUUCUUUGUAGAAUGACUUGACAUAUUUAAGUCUACAAUGAUAAAGCAAAACUCCUUAUUA